AUGACUCGGGCUUUUGAGGGCUUGUGUCCCCAUGGCUUGUGGUGGUUUCACACACCCAAGGCUCGUGUUAUCGGAAAAGUGUUCCAUGACUCCCAGUAUUCCAGCCGGUGUUCCCUGGUGGCUUAUGGUGACAGCUUGAAGAGUAGGACGAAAAUGGAUCAGGAACUCGAAAUUGUGAUUUUCAUUGACUUCCCCCAAGCCCAAAGGUACUGCUUUCCAGAUUCCUCUGAGGUCUUCCAGACUUCCUUUCACAAAUCACCUCACACCAGAAAGAAGCCAAUGAAUGGGGUCCAGAUUAGGGCUCAGCUGAAGGGCUAUUUCAGGUGUCGUGAAGUGGCUACUAACACAAUAAGCAUCAUCACAGAAAGGGCCCUCACUUUAUUCCUCAACAACAAUGAAAGGAGGAAUUCAGAGAUAAGGAGACCAGGAGGUCAGAGCAACAGCAGCAGAGCAGAAAGGGCCUGCUCUAUCUCGCUCAGCUCAGCUCCUAUUUCCUGCCUACCAGCUUUUCUGCACAGUUGCGACGAACUUUCAGACAAGCCGAUUAGAACCAGUGACUUCAGGAAGAAAACUCCAGUAUUCCAGACAAUGCAACAAUCUUUGCACACUGAGUCGGAGCAGAAGAAGCCACGGAGGAAAGAUACCCCGGCCAUCCACAUUCCCCCUUUCAUCCCAGGUGUCCUCACUGAGCACUUACUGCAGACCAGUGAUAUCCAGGAGAAACCCUCUGAGGAUGGGAUGGUAUCUCAAAGUCACAAUCCCAACCUGGAGCAGAAAAAACCACGGAGGAAAGAUACCCCCGCAUUGCAUGCACCCCACUUUGCUUCAGGGACGAGGCUGCUCCGGGGAGAACGUCACAAGGUGAUCCUAGAAGAUGAAGAGAAGGAGGGAGAGAAUAUCCCCGUAUAAAUCCGCCCGCUGACACCCCUUCCCAGUCGGUUAGAAUGGGUCCCCGCUGCUGCCCCGAGAAACAUAAAUAUACUCUUUUUCCU